UAAAUAACACGCAGCAUAACCCACUGCCCAUCAUUACCACCAAGCUUCUGAGUGUUUUACAGAGACAAUAAAUGGCGGAAGAGUUGCAGGUCUUCGGUUUCUGGGCAAGCCCCUUCAGCCGCAGAGUGGAGCUUGCUCUGAAGCUCAAAGGCGUCGAAUACCAACACGUCGAGGAAGAUUUGCCCCACAACAAGAGCCAUUUGCUCCUCCAAUACAACCCAAUUCACAAGAAGGUUCCUGUCCUCGUCCACCAUGGAAAACCCAUUUCUGAGUCUCUUGUGAUCCUCGAAUACAUCGAUGAAAUCUGGAAAAACAACCCCCUGUUGCCCCAAAAUCCGUACGAACGAGCUCUGGCUAGGUUUUGGGCUAAGUAUAUUGAGGACAAGGUUGUGGCUGCGAUGCUGAAGGCUGGGAAAGCCAAAAUUGAAGACAGGGAAAAGGGCUUCGAGGAAGCAGGGGAGGCGUUGGAACCGCUUGAGAAGGAGCUUGGAAGCAAGAGGUUCUUCGGGGGAGAGAAGAUUGGGUUUGUGGAUGUUGUUGGCAUUGUGGUAGCUUACUGGGUUCCUGCCAUUGAUGAAGCUGUUGGGAUUCAGAUGCUGGGAAGUAACAGGUUUCCGAAUGUGAAGCAAUGGAGUGAAGAGGUUGUGAAUCAUGGCGUGGUGAAACAGAUUCUGCCGCCAAAAGAUAAGCUCGUGGCUUAUUUGCGAACUGUUCUAAGCAGUAACUAGAGAUUGGCUUCUUUUCUUAAGCAGAUAUGGAUUGUGAUAAAUGAAUAAUACUUUACCUUUGUCGUGUCAUCAUGAACACUUUAUGUUUGUGGUUGGUUGUAUGUAACGAAAGCGAUGUCAAAUAACGACCAUUCGGCUCGAUUCUCACUUAGGUUGUUUGGAUGGUGUCACGAUUAUACUUUUUGAUGUCUUAUUACGCGAGUGUAGGGUGUUUACUCUCUUGUCUCUUGAGUAGAUCCGUCACCUAAACUUGGGUUAUUAUUGAUACU